AUGUUUCAAGUUCCGGAAUGUUGGCGAUGCGAAUCAGAUGGUGUAAAUGAUGAAAUAAAAUUAAAAAAUCAUUUACUUUGUGAUGGAAUGGAUAUUGAAGAAAGGCCAGAAAAUGCAAAUGGAACAGUUGUACGAGUUAAAUUAUUUAUUAAAUAUUUCGAUUAUAUCGAUGCAACUGCUGAAAUUACCAUACAUUCAUGGCUCGCAAUGAGCUGGUUUGAUUCAAGAUUAAAAUGGGAUCCAAAAGAUUUUGGUGGAAUUAGUCGUGUUGUUCUUGAAGAUCAUGAAAUAUGGAUGCCACGUUUGGCUUUAUUCAAUUCACCAACUACUCAAUUUGAUGAGAAUUGUGCAUCAACACCAUGUCAUGUUGUGAGCUCAGGUCAAGUUUCUUGUAUACCGUCAUGUACUCAUUCUGCUUUCUGUAAAACAAAUUUUAAAAAUUGGCCAUUUGAUAUACAAAAUUGUACAUUUCAUAUGGGUUCAUGGAUUAAUAGUGGUGAUGAGAUUAGAUUUGUAGAACAACAGAUUAUUAUUGAUAAAUCUGGUUUAACGCAUAAUGAAUACAAAAUAAUCAAAAUAAAAGUUCGUAAUAAUAUUGGAAAAUUUAAAAAUGUUAACUAUACUUAUCCUUCGAUACAUUAUAAUAUUGUUUUGGAGAGACAUGGAGUGAGUGAAAUGGCAUUUGUGUUUUUACCAGCAAUUAUUCUUGCAUUUCUUAAUGUUGCUGUACUGUGGCUAUCCCCAUGUUGUCUAGAAAGGAUGUUUCUUAUCAUUUUAUUAAUAUUAUUGCAUUUCUUUACACUUGAACAAUUGGUAUGGCUUUUACCGAGAAAUGGAGAUGAAGUUCCAAUAGUUUUACUUUACUUUAGAGAUUCAUUAAUAAUUACGCAAAUUUUACUUGCUGAGACGAUGUUAUGUAGAGGUUUAUUAUCAUGUCGCCGAAAUUCACCGCAAUGGAUUAGAUCAUUUACAGAAACUUUACGUGGUCACAAAGUUGGACAAUUCAUGUUUGAAAAUCCAUACUUAAUAAAUAGAGGAACUAAUAUGCGACCAAAUAACGAAACCACAACUAAUGAUUCAGUUAAUUUAGUUGAUAGCGAAGCUGGAAAUAAAACAGAAAAUCAAGGAAAUUCAAUUGAUGGCGACAAUAUAUGGUUUUUUGCUGUUAAAUUGCUUGAUACCAUAUUAUUUCUUAUAUUAGUAAUUUGUUAUAUUGUUAUGCUAAUUGGUUGGUUUCCAGAUGUUAGAUCCGAUUAUUUGGAUGAGAAAACUGUUGAUAUUAGCAAUAAUACUUCAAUAUAAUAUUGAUUGAUAAUGUAUUUAAACUUUUAUAAGAAUUUGUAAUAUUAUAUGCAAUUUUAUAAAUUGUUU